CCCUUGUGGUCCCGUCCCGUUUUAGAACCCUGCUGCGGGCGAGGCUCUGCCCCAGGAAGGAGGGAGGCUGGGAUCCCAGCCCGGGUUUCCCGGGUACCGCAGGCCCCCAUGAACAACCAGACUCGGGCCUCAGCCCCCCUUCCGGCCCGGACCUCCGCCUUGGUCCGGGCUCCGACACCGGCCCGGCCCUCGAUCCCGGUCCGGUCCCUGACUCCGGCCCGAAUCUCGAACCAGGUCCGGUCCCUGACUCCGGCCCGAACCUCGAACCAGGUCCGGUCCCUGACUCCGGCCCGAACCUCGAACCAGGUCCGGUCCCUGACUCCGGUCCGGUCCCUGACUCCGGCCAGGCCCUCGAUCCCGGUCCGGUCCUUGACUCCCGCCAGGCCCUCGAUGCCGGUCCGGUCCCUGGCUCCAGCUCCGGCCCCGACUGCGGCCGUGACCCGGGGCAGAACCCCGACUGUGACGAAGCCCUUAACACCAAUCUCAUCUGCGAUCCUGGUCCCAGUCCUGGUCCCGCCCAAGGUCUCUGACCUGAAGUCCUUACGGAGCUCCGCCCUACCCUUGGGGCCACGCCCCGGCAAGGCUCUCCCAUCAGUCGCCAGUGGAUCCGGAACCACGCAAGAGCCCGUUCCUGAGCCCGUUCCUGAGCUCGCUCCGUCGGCCACUGAUUUACUGGGGCCCACUCUCACGUCCGCCUUGGGGGCAGAUCCAGUGGACACGAAGUUGACUGAUUCCACGGCUGGACCUAUCUCCACGCCCAUCCUGGGGACUGUCCCCUUGGCCACUUCCUUACCUAUUUCUGCCAACACAUUUGCCUCCACCAGCCAGUACUUAGAAGUGGACAACAAGAUCCUAAUUAGAGUGAUCUACUGUGGCCUCUGAAGCUAUAACCUCCGGUACAUUCUACUGAAAAAGAGUCUGGAGCAGCAGUUUCCAAAUUGUCUACUCUUUGAGGAGGACAUAUCCGCACAGGCUACCGGGGAGUUUGAAGUGUUUGUGGAUGGAAAAUUGGUUCAUUCAAAGAAGAAAGGUGAUGGCUUUGUGGAUGAGGCCAGGCUGAAGAAAAUUGUGAACGCUAUCAAUGAAGGGAUCCGGAAAAUGUAGCAGGCAACUGGUGAGCUGGAGGUGAGGAGGGAGGG